AUGCUCCAGUCAGCACCGGAAGACUACCUACUGCAACGACCAGAGCAACGCGCAUUUUCACCCAAAUUUCCCCUCCAUCUCAGCUGCAAGGAAUCAUCGACUUACCGGAAGAACCACAACACCGCGAAAUGGGGUGAUUAUCCAGCUCUCAUUGAUGGAAAGCAAGGAGAGGUGGUUACAGGAUAUGCGUGUAUUGUACAGACCAAAGAAGAGGCGCAAAAGCUGUCGUAUUACGAGACGAGUGCAUAUGAAGUUGUGAGCUGUCGGAUAUACUUCAAAGAUGAGGAGGUGUCAAAGGAGCUUUUAUGGUACGCUGGUGACACGCAGGCUCUGUUGGAGCAGCGGUUUGAUCGCAAGCUUUGGAAGCUGCAGAUGGGAGAUAAGCUCCGAUAA